UUCUCCAAGGAAAAGGCAAAAACAAAACAAAAAAAUAUGACCAAAAUUAAAAAUUUCACCGGCUUCUUCAAUUUCUCUUAGGACAAACAUCAAACACUUUGAUUGCAUUUCUACUAUGAACCCUGCAGCUGUAAUGGCGAAUUCUGCAACCCUCACUCUAUCGUCCCCUGAGCCUCCGCAAAGCAGGAUUGCCCCAGUCUUCCCAUUUUCUUCAUCUUCAUCUUCGUUUCUUGCUGGUGGGACCCAUUUGCGGAGUCACAAGAAGUUCAUCUCUGUCUCCUUAUCUUCUUCUUCCUCUCAGUUCAGCAAGAAGAUUUCAGCAAGGCGGUUUGGAAGAUUGGUUGUGGCUGCAGCUGAUUAUUACUCUACUCUUGGGGUCUCAAAAUCUGCUAGUGGUAAGGAAAUUAAAGCCGCUUAUCGGAGGUUAGCUCGGCAGUACCACCCUGAUGUAAACAAGGAACCUGGAGCAACUGAGAAGUUUAAGGAGAUCAGUGCUGCAUAUGAGGUGCUAUCAGAUGACAAAAAGAGAGCUUUAUAUGAUCAAUAUGGUGAAGCUGGAGUUAAUAGUUCUAUGGGGGGACAAGCAGGGGCUUAUACGACAAACCCUUUUGAUUUAUUUGAGACUUUUUUCGGACCUAGUAUGGGUUUCCCUGGAAUGGAUGCAACUGGUUUUGGAACACGUCAGCGAAGUACUGUCACUAAAGGUGAAGAUUUACGUUAUGACAUAAGACUCGAGUUCUCAGCUGCUAUAUUUGGAGCAGAAAAAGAGUUUGAGCUUUCUCACCUUGAGACAUGCGAAGCUUGUGCUGGUACUGGAGCAAAGACAGGCUCUAAAAUGAGGAUAUGCUCAACAUGUGGUGGCCGUGGUCAGGUUAUGAGAACUGAACAAACACCUUUUGGAAUGUUUUCGCAGGUUUCAAUAUGUCCAAAUUGUGGCGGCAAUGGUGAAAUGAUCUCUGAGUACUGUCGUAAAUGUUCUGGUCAGGGGCGGAUUCGAGUGAAGAAAGAUAUCAAAGUCAAAAUUCCUCCUGGAGUCGGCAAGGGCAGUAUUCUCAGAGUUGCUGGAGAGGGUGAUGCUGGACCAAAGGGAGGACCACCUGGAGAUCUUUAUGUAUAUCUUGAUAUUGAAGAGAUACCAGAGAUUCAACGAGAUGGCAUAAAUCUCUCUUCUACUGUUUCAAUUAGUUAUUUGGAUGCUAUAUUAGGAACAGUUACCAAGGUUAAAACGGUUGAAGGGCUUACUGAUCUCCAAAUUCCUCCUGGCACUCAGCCUGGGGAUGUUCUUGUCUUGGCAAGAAAAGGUGCACCUAAAUUGAACAGGCCAUCAAUACGCGGUGAUCACUUGUUCACCGUUAAAGUUAGUAUACCAAAAAAGAUAAGUUCACAAGAACGUGAAUUGCUUGAAGAACUUGCUUCUCUAAGUAGUAAACCUGGCAAACGUUCAAAAACUCGCCCUAACGUUCAGCAAACCACUAAAACUGUAAGCGAAACAGAUUCUGCUACGAAUAAUAGUGAGGAAUCCGAAGAACAGAACGACUUGUGGAAGAAGUUUACAGAUUUUGCUGGGUCUGUUGCAAAUGGAGCACUAAAAUGGUUGAAAGACAACCUAUAGUCAUCCUUGUGGUCAGGAGAGUCCCAUUAGGUGCCUGCUUUUUCUUGCAACGCAUAUCCUAUGCUUUGGGCGCCUCGCUUAACAAGCAAAGAUGGACGGUGCGGCAUUGUUUGCUUCGAACUGAAUCUUUCUCAAGCUCUGUUGAAGAAACUGAGGAAAACACUAGUUGCCAUUCUUUUAUUUUUUUUUUUGGGUGAACCCUGUAAAUCUACAUUGCUUGCAAUUACACUUAG